GUAGCGGAAAGACUAACGAGGAGGGAUUAUAAAGCCAUUGCUCCGUGUCCCGGUUUCCAGUGCACUAGGACGUCUGUUAUUUUGUCUCGACUUUUUACUAGCGCCUCCAAUUAGACUUUCGGAGCAAUGGCAGAUGUUGACAAGCUCAACAUCGACAGCAUCAUCCAGCGGCUGUUAGAAGUUAGAGGAUCAAAACCAGGAAAAAAUGUUCAACUUCAAGAGAAUGAGAUUCGAGGGCUCUGUCUGAAGUCUCGGGAAAUCUUCCUCAGUCAGCCAAUCUUACUUGAGCUUGAAGCACCUCUUAAAAUAUGUGGUGACAUUCAUGGGCAGUACUAUGACUUACUUCGGCUAUUUGAAUAUGGUGGCUUCCCACCUGAAAGCAACUAUCUAUUCCUAGGAGACUAUGUAGAUCGAGGCAAGCAGUCUUUAGAAACCAUCUGUCUGCUUUUGGCAUACAAAAUCAAAUAUCCAGAGAACUUCUUCCUCCUCAGAGGCAAUCAUGAAUGUGCCAGCAUUAACAGAAUCUAUGGCUUUUAUGAUGAGUGUAAAAGAAGAUAUAAUAUAAAGUUAUGGAAAACAUUCACAGAUUGCUUUAAUUGUUUGCCAAUUGCUGCUAUAGUUGAUGAGAAGAUCUUUUGCUGUCAUGGAGGCUUGUCUCCCGAUCUUCAGUCGAUGGAACAGAUCCGACGAAUUAUGCGACCUACUGAUGUUCCAGACCAGGGUCUUCUGUGCGACUUACUUUGGUCUGAUCCUGACAAAGAUGUAUUAGGGUGGGGUGAAAACGACAGAGGUGUAUCUUUUACCUUUGGAGCUGAAGUGGUUGCAAAAUUUCUUCACAAACAUGAUCUGGAUCUCAUUUGCCGAGCUCAUCAGGUGGUUGAAGAUGGGUAUGAAUUCUUUGCCAAGAGACAACUGGUUACUCUGUUCUCAGCCCCAAACUAUUGUGGGGAAUUUGAUAAUGCUGGAGCAAUGAUGAGUGUAGAUGAAACAUUAAUGUGUUCCUUCCAGAUUCUAAAACCUGCAGAGAAAAAGAAGCCUAAUGCAAGCAGACCCGUAACACCACCACGAGGCAUAAUCACAAAACAAGCAAAGAAAUAAAUAAAGCUCUUAAUUUUUGGACUUGUAUUAUAGUAUAUAAUCUCAUUUUUUUUAAUUGUGUAAUGUGUCCUGGUUAGGUCCAUCUAGAUGUUUGUGGCUUUUUUUUCUGCUUCCUUUUUAAUGAGUUGUAUUUGCUACUGCGGUCGCUACUUUCUCAUCCGCGCAUUUUUCUAUUGUAAAGCACAUAGGCCAUUUCAUCUGCUGAAUUGCUUCCCUUAUGCCAGUGUUACUGUACACUCCAAAACUGUAAGCUUCAUUAUUUCCCUUUAUAAAAUACCUAAAGAGGGCACUCAUGGGCUAUAAGUUGCAUAUUGUUUCUUCAAACCACUGUGAACAUUUUUAUUUGUUUUAAAGGGAUUUUUUUUGUCAUGUUCUCACUUUGUAUAUCUGUCCAUAUUAGAUUUCCCUUGACUUUGCCAGCAUCACUGACUCGAUGUAUAUUUAAUUAAAGCACAUUUCCCGUACUGUAUACUUUAAAUGAUAUUAAAGCCAUUAUUUUAAUUGUGUUCUACUUCCUACAACUUGUAUCUGCAUUGUCAGUGUAUUGCUCAUGUCUUCCAUAGCUAUGGAGAUGGGUCUGAAAUUUUAGUGUCUGCAUGGUUUAUUCAAAAAAUGUAAGAAUGGAUAUUUAGACAUAACAAUGCACUUCCUAAUGGCAUUACAUUUUUUUUUCUUUUUUAUAUUAGAGGGAAAUAGAUUUCCUCACAUGAACUUGCGAAGACUUGGGACAUGCCAAAGGUGUCACUUAAUGUUUACUGGUUUCAUUUAUUUUCUUAAUAAAGGAAAUUUUUUGUUUG